AUGGAGGAAAUCACGGAUUUAGUGAACAACAUUAAUAUCAAUGGAGAUUCUUACAAGAAGAACCGAAUCCAGGUCUCCAACACCAAAAAGCCUCUCUUCUUUUACGUUGGCCUCGCCAAGAGAUAUAUGCAGCAGUACAACGAGGUUGAACUUUCCGCUCUUGGGAUGGCUAUUUCUACAGUUGUGAGUGUGGCCGAAAUUCUGAAGAAUAAUGGAUUUGCAGUUGAGAAAAAGAUAAUGACGUCUACUGUUGAGAUUAAAGAUGAAAUGAGAGGACGGAUAAUCACAAAAGCAAAACUUGAGAUAGUGCUGGGGAAGACGGAUAAAUUUGAGGAAUUGAUGGCAGCUGCGGCAGAGGCGAGAGCUGGAGAUGAUGAUGGGCAGGUUUAA